CAAAUGGUAUUGUAUAAGUAAAGCCAAAUCAACAAAAUCAGAUCCUGUUAAGCCUAUUAGUUCUACUAAACAUAUAAUACUUGAUACAAAUAAGCAUAUUACUAAUAUACCUGAGGGCAGCAAUCUUCUUGAUAUAAAUAUUGACACAUCCAAGACUAAUAAACAGAUUGAUGAAUAUAAUACUUUUGAUGCUGAUACACCAGAAAUAGAGGGUCUUUUGUAUGAGAAUCUAGAAGAAUCAGAUUUAGAAGAUGAUAAUUAUAAUUUUUAUAGACAGUUAGACGAAUUAGAUAAUGAAAAUGAUAAGUAUAAAAUUAAAGAAUUUUUACUUAAACUAUGUAUUAAAGAUAAAGAUAAUACUAUAUUACCUGCUAAAUGGUUAAAUAUUUUAGCUGAUUCUU